GCCAUCCUCGCCGGAGUCGUCGUCUUCGUCGACCUCAUCGGCAAGGGCAUCUUCGAUGCUUGAAACCAGCCUUGUCGGACUUGCUUCACUUGUCAAUGCGUAUGAGUGUGGAGCUGCCAUUGUUCUGGUUCUUGCCCUCUGACCAGGAUGGCGGAAGCAGAAACAAUGAGUGCCCGCUUCGCGUUCCUGGGCCUCGCACGAUACUCAGGAUUAUCGCGGGCAGUCAGGCUCACCGAGGCCAUCUCGUGGAACGAGUGUUGUAGCAGUGACGGAAGGGUGUAUUUGCCUGGGUGGCAACCUCAGGGCUCGCUUUCGACCAUUCUCCUUCCCCGCAACUGCGUCUGCAUCGUGAUCUGGCUGACAUCGCGGUCUCUCCCGGUUUCCUUCAUCUGUGUUGGUUGUCCUUCCGCGCCGAGCGUGCGGACGCUGCUCUCUCCGGUGGGUAUAUGCUGCGUCGGGAGAACGGCGCCCGCAGGCUGGCGCGGAACGAAGUUGCACAGGCUCGUCACCCUCUCGUUCUCGCUCGUGCUGCAAGAUAUGCUCAUGGCCACCCGUAUCAGCGAAUGGUCGAGCGUGUCAUGCCAAGCGGACCCCCCAAAACGACCUCACGCCGAGGUGGGAACGUACCCUUGCGUCAUGUUUCGCUGAUCUUCUACGUUCGUGAUGCAUGGCUUGUUCUUCGUAUGCAAGCGGUCAUGCGCCAACGUCCGUAUAGUUCUCGCGGCUCCGACGAAUGGUUCCGGACUGCCACGCUCUCCUUAUCGGAGAUGUUGUAACGCGGGGGCUAGAUGUUUAAGCAAUCACGGUUUUCACAAGGUGCACAUUCACCAUCUGGUCGUGAGAGCAGGAUCGACAGGUUCGGAGGUUGCUUCUUUUCAGUGUCUUAUCUACUUGGCGGACGACAUCGUUGGGACAUCGGAGGCAGUUCGGACGGCAUUAAUGAGAUGGUCGUCGUAUGGAAUGCGGCGUGCACGUCAAUAUUACGCGGAUCGGGACAGAGGGAACGGAGUCGGAGCGCGGGCGUUCCCAGCACUCGUCUGGUUUCAUUUAAAUUUUGAACGCUUUGAAGUGGAUGGUACAUCGAAUCGGCGCCGAGGUUCGAGUCGGUGGUGCGUGAGACCCAACGGUGCAGCCGCGUAACUUGUACACAAGUUCCCAUGCAAUGUUCUCACUGAGGUCAGUGUCGAAGCACGAUCCGGCCAGAGGCUACAGCCUGCGCAGGUCGUCUACAGCGGUUUGGUCAUACCAGUGCUUCGACGAUCGGCGGAUCCGGUUAUGAAGAGAUGCCGUGCGCACCCAUUCUUCACGUCUGUCGAUGGAUUCGGUCUGAUCUGGCUCUUGGCGUGCAUGGCGUAUCUGCCCUGCGGCCGAUUCCACCCCUCGAACAUCUCUUGCUUGAUAGCCCCCGCGGCCGAUAGUUGACAUCACCCCGUCUGGUAUAAGGUUGGCGCCGCUCUCAGCAAGGCUCCGAUCCUCCUUCCACCACGCAUGCCCUACUCCUCUCCGUCCUCGCGCCGUCUGCUCGCUGCCGUCGUCCUCCCUCUAGUUGCCACCUAUGUCUCUGCGUUGAACAUCACCGUCCCGGCUGCUCUACCUGACAACGCCCAGCCACUGUCCACUACUCUCGUCUCUUUUUCAAUAGAGCAGGAUCGCUGGCCUGACUGGACAGGAGUCGACGCUCGCAACAACUUCACCUUCAAUGCGCUCUGGAACUACGCCGAGCUCACUGGGAGCCCCCCAAGCAUCCGCGUCGGUGCGAACUCGGCAGAUCGUACCUUUUGGGCCCCGACAGAGAGCCUGAACGAGGACUCCUUUCCCACACCCAACUCUGUAAACCCCUAUCCCGAAGCGACACGCAUCGUUGUAGGCAACAACUUCUACAACCUCUCCAAGUAUCUUCCUCCAGGUACGCGCAUAACUUGGGGCGUAAACUUGGCCGCGAACAACGUCACGAACGCCAUCAACAUGGCGAGGGCGAUCACCGGCUCCUUUAGCGAUCCCGCUGUGAUAGCGUCGGACAUUAUCCUUGACCGCAUCGAGAUCGGAAACGAGCCCGACCUGUACGCCCACAAUAACUUGCGACCUUCCAACUACUCGGUCAAAGAGUAUGUUUCCGAGUGGCAGGCGAACGCGGACCCGGUGGUGCAGGCCCUUGGGAUCCGCGGGCGGAGCGGGUUGUUCACGAUCCAGGGUGCUGCAUUCGCUAACCAAGGCUUCACGCCCCGCGAGAUAUUCAACCUUGGCAUCCUGAACAGCACGGGUGGGAAGGCGAUCUCCACCAUCUCCCAGCACCACUAUUCGGGCCAAUCCUGCAAAGGCGGGAAUUUUCCGCUCAACUCGUUCAUGAACAAGACGGCUAUCCGUGGCAACUUGUCGGUCUUUGAGCCUGACAUCAAGGCGACGCGGGCGCAGGGGCUCGACUAUGUUCUCGGCGAGACGAAUAGUAUCGCGUGCCACGGUGCCCCUGGAGUAAGUGACUCGGCUGGGGCUGCGCUGUGGGUUGUCGAUUACACCCUCCAUGCGGCGACGCUGGGCAUCAAGGAGGCGUAUUUCCACGAAGGGGUUGGCUACAAGUAUAACUUCUUCCAGCCUGUGUCACUGAAUCGCUCUAUCGACGACGGCUCCUCUGUCAACCCGCCGACACCUCCGCGCGUGAUGCCUAUAUACUACGGCGGGCUGUUCAUCAACUCCUUCAUCGGCAACACAGGUUCCUCGGAGUUCGUAGAGCUCGACGUCAACCACACGUACGUCACAGGCUACGCGGUAUACGAGCAAGGCCACCUCGCCCGCGUCGCCUUCGUCAACCUCCAGCCGUAUCUAUCGAACACGCGCGGGGCCCGUCCCUCCGUCAACAUCCGCAUCGACUUUAUCUCCCCCGCGGACUCGCCGUCCCUCGCCCAGCUGCUCAACGGCCAGACCGUCAGCGCGGAGCACCUGCUGCUCAGGUACGCCGACGACAAGGCGAACCUCACGUUCGGCCGGCGGUCGUACGAGACGCCAGACGCGCUCCCGGACUCGCCGACGGAGGCCGUGGACGGGUUCCUGCUGUCGGGGAAGCCGCUCGCGCUGCCCGCCUCGGAGGCCGUGCUGAUCAGCUUCGCGCCGCCGUCGAGCCCUGCGGGAGCUGGGCCGAGCGGGAGCACCCCGGUCUCGAGGAACGGCACUGUUAUCGUGGCCGGGGUGAUUUCGGGCGUCGUGGGUGCUGCGCUGUGCGUUGGAGGGGUGUGGUAUCUGCGGAGGAGGUUUUCGGUGCGGAAGCUGUAGUGUUUUCCUCGUUGUGUUGUUUUGGAUAUUCUUAUUGUUAUCGGGAUAACGCUAUUUGGGUCAGCUGUUUGGACGCCUCGGGGCGUAUGUUAGUGUAUAGCCUUCGAUUAAUUCU